AAUCAUGUUUCUAAUAAAAUAAUCUGAUUUAUUUAUGAAUAUGUAGAAAUAAAUGUGACUAAAAAGGAGAAACUGCACCAAUGAACUGGUGUUCUGGAAUAAUUUCAUUAUUAUGUGCAACGUUAUCAUUGCCAGAAUUACUUCCUGCUUUUCUGUUCCAGUCUUAUUUUAACGUGGUUAUUUUUAUUUUACCACUGUACCCUACUUAUGUCUGAUGGCUUUUCUAUCUGGCACAAGAAUUUCCUUCACGAUGAAUGAAGGUCUUUAUCACCUUAAUGCCGGUGGCAGGUGUUACAGUUGUGUUUUUCCUGCUUUAACCCGAUGACUGUUCAUGUACAUGUGGAAAUUUAAACGUGCUUUUAUCUUUCAAAAGGUGGCGUCAAACGGAUGGUGAUGGCCGGCAGUGACGUCGUUUUACCGUGUUCCCUUGACAAUAAGAACAUCGAACUGGCUCUGUUUGACUGGAUGAAAGAUGGUCGACAGGACGUGUUUCUGUAUGACGACGGCACUCAUGACAAUAACUCAUGUCCAGGUGAAGACGAGCAGUUCAAAGGACGAGUGUCUCAUUUUCCAGAUGAACUACUUCACGGCAACGCCUCCAUCAUCAUCAGAAACACACGACUGUCUGACAGUGGAAGCUACACCUGUGAUUUCCCGCAUAUUCAACAAAAACGAUUCCACAUUGAGCUUCUUGUUGCAGAGAGACGUGCCAGUGACAAAGACUCUGAUUCGCCACUUCUGACAGGGAAACAUGCCCGUAACAAAGACUUUGAUUUGUUGCAUCGUCUGGGUAAGACUUUCUAAAUAUAACUCAUUGUAUAUACAGUCAUGGAAAAAAAUAUUAGACCACCCUUGUUUUCUUCAAUUACUUGUUCAGUUUCAUGCCUGGUACCACUACAGGUACAUUUAUUUGGACAAAUGUAAUGAUAACAUAAGUCACAUUUCCCGACAGUGCCCACUCAUUUUAAGGUCCUUGGAGGUCUGAGGAUGAUUGCUGACACAGGAACGGAUGAGUGCACGGUCAUCUCGUGGGUUGAGAGAUGUUUCCUGCCACGACCAGCUAGCAAUCUGUGCUGAUAUUUUCAUGUGAAAUGAUCCUCAGAGAGAAAGUUAGAAGAUAGAAGUCCUGUUCUCACACACUUAUUCAUCUGUUAAUCACAGGCGGGGAGGGUCUACUUCCUGAAGGGGGCGGGGCCAGCAGCAGCUCAGCUACAUGUAGAACAGAACUGAA